AUGUUCCGCCGCCAAAUUCUUUCGCAUCGACAAAACAUUCUGCGGCGGCCGGCGCUCAUCAGACAAGCGAAGCUGGCGCCAGGACGCUGCCGAUCUACCGAGGCAUCCAGCGCGUCCAAGAUCGACCGCAUCACCUCGAAGCUGCCGCGCCGACUGCAAAAAUACACGCAGGGUCUGCGCAAUGCGCCCUUGUCCCAUGUCGUUUCGUUCCUUAUCCUGCAUGAGCUGACGGCCAUUGUACCCCUGAUCGCACUGUUUGCCUUGUUCCAUUACACGGCGUACGUGCCGCUGACAUACGUGACGGAUCACUUUGGGGGCUACGUCGAGGCCGGUGUGUCGCGUUUUGAAAGAUAUUUUCGUCGCAAAGGCUGGUUUGGAUUUGAAAAAGGUGCUGCUGGUGAGGAUGGGAAGUCGGUGCAGGAGACUGCAGGGCAAACGCAGGAUGCUGUGAGCAAAUGGCAAACUGGUGAUCCCAAGUACCGGAUUUUAGUGGAGGUUUCUCUGGCCUACGCGGUCACAAAAGUACUUUUGCCUUUGAGAAUCAUUGGUAGUGUAUCGGCUACCCCCUGGUUCGCCAGUGUUCUUGUCAAUCUGCGCAAGGCUGUAUUAAGAAGAUAA